AUGGCAUACCAGACAUAUUCAGAGAUUUUUCUAUCAAUCCCUCCGCUGCAUUUUGCUUAUCUUGGAGUAGUAUUAUGUAUAGUUCUCUCAACUUUUGGAGCAGGCUGGGGUAUAUUUACAACUGGUAAUUCCUUAGUUGGAGCGGCUCUUAGAUCUCCAAGAAUUCGUUCGAAGAAUUUGAUUUCUGUAAUUUUCUGCGAAGCUACUGCGAUUUAUGGCGUAAUUGCAACUUUUUUAUUAAUGUCAAAGAUAAGAUCACUUCCAGAUAUUGAUAUAAUUUCUGGCCAACCAAAAGAUGCUUGGGAAGUUCAGAUUGUUAAAUCCUCAUGGAUUUUGCUUUGCUCUGGGUUAACAAUUGGUUUAUCCAAUUUGUUCUCUGGAAUUAGUGUUGGGAUUACUGGUAGCUCAACAGCUCUUGCUGAUGCUCAAAGAGGAGAAUUGUUCUCCAAGAUGUUGGUUGUUGAGAUUUUUGCCAGUGCUUUGGGUCUUUUUGGAAUGAUUGUUGGUUUUUAUCAGCUUUCUCUUGCUGAUUUUCCUUCAAAAUAA